GAGCAAAUUACGUUGCCGAGUGGGGAAAAAAUACAUCGUAGGAGCCAAUGAAAUAGGUCUAUUUUUAAAAGGGAGUGGUUUCAUGGGUUUCUAUAACACAACGCACUUCCUUACCGGCAUUUUAGUAUUAACACGCGAAGUUGAACAGUCUUUGGUGUACUUACUAGCUAUUUAUUUAUUGUGGAACGUGUUUACCUUUACUUUAAAUAUGCUUGGCCUGUGCCUUUAUGUGCCUGUUCCGAAUUCGGAUGCGGCUGAAUUCGAGUAUUUUGAGUCCAAUGGACUACCAUCGGAGUUGAAAUCGCUCUUCAAAUUGAGUGUGUUUCUACCUUCACAAGAGUUUUCUACUUAUCGGAAAUGGAGAAAGAAAGUAGUGAAAAUUGCAGAUAAGGACCUGGAUGAGCAGAUGGUCUUUGAGGAGUUUGUGAACUAUUUGAAGGAUCAUGAGAAAGACCUGAGACUUGUCUUCAAGAGCCUGGACAGAAGGAGAGCUGGUCAAAUAUAUUCUAAGGAAAUCAUGGAGUCACUCCAGGACCUUGGUGUUCACAUAUCACAGCAGCAUGCCGAGAAGAUCCUACAAUGCAUGGAUAAGAAUGGCACAAUGACCAUCGACUGGAAUGAGUGGAGCAACUACCCUCUGCUACACCCCAAAGAGAACAACAUCCCUGAGAUCACCCUCUACUGGAAACACUCCACGCUCUUUGAUGUAGGUGAGAAUCUGAUGGUGCCUGAUGACUUCACAACAGAGGAAAAACUGACAGGAAUGUGGUGGAGGCAUCUGGUUGCAGGCGGAGGUGCAGGAGCAGUGUCCCGAACAUUCACCGCCCCCUUAGACCGACUCAAAGUACUCAUGCAGGUCCAUGGUUCCAGUAGCAACAACAUGUGCAUCAUGAGUGGGCUCACCCAGAUGAUCAAAGAAGGUGGGAUGAGGUCGCUGUGGAGAGGGAACGGAAUGAACAUCGUCAAAAUUGCACCUGAAACUGCCAUUAAGUUCAUGGCUUAUGAGCAGAUCAAGCGUUUGAUUGGCAGUGAUAAGGAGACACUUGGCAUCCUGGAGCGUUUUGUAGCUGGCUCUAUGGCUGGAGUCAUCGCUCAGAGCACCAUCUACCCCAUGGAGGUUCUGAAAACACGGCUUGCCUUGCGAAAGACUGGUCAGUACUCUGGCAUCUCUGACUGUGCAAAGAACAUCUUUAGGAGAGAGGGACUGGGUGCCUUUUACAAGGGCUUUAUCCCCAACAUGAUGGGCAUCAUCCCCUACGCUGGAAUCGACCUGGCUGUGUAUGAGACAUUGAAGAACUCCUGGUUAGAAAAGUAUGGCACCAAAAGUACUGACCCGGGAGUGUUAGUUCUGCUUGGCUGUGGCACAAUCUCCAGCACCUGUGGUCAGCUGGCCAGCUACCCCCUAGCCCUGGUCAGGACCCGCAUGCAGGCACAAGCCAUGAUGGAGGGCAGCCCACAGAUGACAAUGUCAGGGCUCUUCAAACAAAUCAUUCAGACAGAAGGGGCCACUGGCCUCUACAGGGGCCUGGCCCCUAACUUCCUGAAGGUCAUUCCAGCUGUCAGCAUCAGCUAUGUGGUGUACGAGAACCUGAAGAUGUCGCUGGGAGUUAAGUCGCGAUGAGAAGGUGACUCACGACAUCUGAAUGGUUCAGCUUUGAUAUGUGUGCGUGCGUGAGUGAGAUCCCUCCGAGUUGAGGCUAAGGAAUCUCUAACACUUAUGGUUUGUGGAGCCAUCUCAUUCUAUGAAUGCCAGAAGAUGGAGUAGAACAAGGGAUAAUAGAAUGAAAAGACAAGGUAUCAACUCUGUGAGCUGAAAUGGAGGGGGGCGGCGUCCCUCAAUAUUGCUAUUUCUAAUAUUAUUUAAUAGUUUAUUUUAGAAGAUCAAUUGUUGAGUUAUUACCAGAAUUUGACAAUUCUUGCUGUUUCCAGUUUGUGGUUUUGUGCCUCUGUAAGAAUGUUCCUGUCUUUGGUUUCACUCAGUAAAUGAGGCUAUGCAACAGUGCAAACUGCACCAGACUCAUUAAGUAGAAACUACUUCAGUAAUGCACAACAAAUGUUUUUGACUAACAUUAUGUAUUCAGACAUUUUCCUUAGCAUUAAUGGGUUUUCUGAGUAGUUAUUGGUUAUCCCUCCCACAUUUGCCUGAUAUGAAAAUUAUAUUUGUUCAUGUUCCUAGAAUAUAAGAAAUUGGGAAAAAGCACGUGGUGAUUAUUUCCCCUUCUCACUUGGUGCAGAUAGACAAUUUAUUCACACUGCCAUUUAUUUUUGUUUUUUAAUGUCUGGGUAUGACAGUUAAGAAUGGCAUGUUUUUUAUUGUCUGGGUAUGACAGUUAAGAAUGGCAUGUUUUUUAUUGUCUGGGUAUGACAGUUAAGAAUGGCAUGUUUUUUAUUGUCUGGGUAUGACCGUUAAGAAUGGCGUGUUUUUUAUUGUCUGGGUGUGACAGUUAAGAAUGGCAUGUUUUUUGUUGUUCAGAACACAGCACUAACUGGCUUUAUGUUCAUAGGUUUGAUUGUUAUGGAUAACUAGAGAGAGCCAUAUUAUGUACAAGUAUUGUGGGUGUGUUUGCAAAAUAAGAUCUCAUUGGCUUCUUAUGCAAUGUUAAAGAGCAUGUAUUUAUAAACGUUUUCAAUGCAAAUCAUGCAAUAAAUUAUUGCUCUAGUCCGUCCUGCAUAUUUUCACUUAAUAUAUAACUGUAAUAGUUUGUCCAUUUACAUUUAGUUGGUUAUUAUGGAAAUGCACAAUAAUUACUUCUGCAAAUCUCUGUAUAUGAGCUCAAGUCAAGAUCAGGAGAGUCUUGGUUGUCAGGACACUUAAUCAUUGUCUUUAUACCUAAAACCAAACAUGAUUUUAGAGCUUUGAGAAGAUCGAUGAGUAAUACUAAUGCACUUUAAUUCAUGCUGGAGACACU